AUGAAUUUGUAAUCCUACCCUGAAGUAAUUAAGAAAUUUAUCUAAAAAUUAGAAGAGAAGAGUAAAAGCGAUCAUGAAAAAGUGAUCCAACCUUCAUAUCAUUAAUGGAGAAUCAAAAUUGGUGAAGAAUGUGUCAAUUAUAAUACAUAACUUUAGAUAAAAUUUAAAAUGAACUGCUAAAACGAUGAGUUUAAAGUCUUGAAUGAAAGAUUUUUUUAAAUAUAAUUUAAACUAAAAGAAACUUUAACAGAAGCAUAAGUUAAAGAAUAAUAUUCCAACUUUUAGAAAUUAAUUAAGUAAAUUGUGACAGUAGCUUCCUUGAUUGAUAAAGAAAUGAGAGACCUUUUUAAAGAAUUUAAGCUUGAAGCAUGCUAAGGAAAAUCUUUCUUUGGCGUUAUUAUAAGAUUACCAUAAAUCUAUCAACAAUAUUGGAUUUCUUUUUAAGAUCACUUACUAAAUUUUUUUGCAAAUAUUCAAAAAGAAGAAAUAGUUUUAAUUAACCUUUAGAGCGAUAUUAGAAUUAAGGAUUUAGUUUCUUCAGAAGAUCAAUCAUCAAACAUUUUUUAUCCUUUACUAAAGCAUUCGUAGAUUGAAAUAUAUUCUUUAUUAAAUAAAAUUAUAAGUGAUGAGAAUUAAUUAAUUAUUUAGCAAUUAACAAGUUAAAAUUUAGAAGAAUAAAAGUAAAAUGAUUUAAUUAUGCUUUUAUUAAACUUGAUAUAAUCUGAUGCAGAAAUAAAUCUAGAUUCUUUUUAAGAAGAUGAACUAGAAUAAUUAGGACUAUUUUUAUUUUAAUUUUAACCAGUCAGCUUAAAUUUCUAACCUGCAAUUAUACACAAAAUAAAAGUCUUCAUGAAAGAAGUCUUUUCUGAUUAAAUUAAAAUUAAUAUGAUAAACUCAUAAACUAUGUGCCAAAUCAAGCUCAAAACAAAAGAUAAUUUAUCUUAAAUUUUAGACCUGUUUAUAAUGGCACCUUAAUCGAAAAAUCAGUGA